AGAUAUAUCAAAAUAAUGGCUUCAGAAAAGACAAAUCCCCCAACAUACGAUCAGGUUCACGGUCCCACAUCCUCGGCAUAUCCUCAUCCGGAGCAGUCCAAUGCGCCGGCCUCAUUCAACAUCCCAACCCAAUCAACCACCGUCAUCGUUACGAGUCCCCAGGUCGGUCCCGAUCCAACCACCAUGACGUGCCCAUCCUGUCGGGCAACCAUGGUCACCCGGUUGGAGUACGAAACCACUACCAAGACACACAUCUGUGCCGCUUUACUGUGCCUGUUCAUUUGCUGGCCCUGCGUUUGUAUUCCCUACUGUUCGACAUCGUGCCGUGAUGCAAACCACUACUGCCCCAACUGUGGAUCGUUCAUCGGAACUUAUCGAAAGUAAAAGCUCUCUGCCGUUAGUUGGGUGAGCUUUCCGACCACCGUUACCUCUUAGUAUCGAGUAUUAGUGACGGGAAAAGCUUGCCCCAAAAGAGAGUGGUUUCGUCAAAACGCUUAGUGAAUUAGAGACCUGCCUACCCACGAUUCGAGUGAGUAGGCCAAUAUCCAGUGUGAUAGGGUGGCAGAGGGGGAGCCGAUAGCGGUGGAACUGUUUUCGUUAAUCUACUUUGGCCAGUUUUGUAUGUCAGUCAGUGGUGGAUUUUUAAGAGCGGGAGAUGUUCAGUAGAAAACGUGCAGACUGAUAUAAUUGAAUGUGAUCAUCCCCAACAUACAUCGCCCCGUGGCGAGCAGAGUGAACGACGAACAAUAUAAAAUAAACUCCUAUUAGGUAAUGCUAACAAUGAUGCCGAGACUGCCGAGCAAGUGUGAGAGAGAUAGAGAGAAACCGAACAUGGCUUGUGAAACGUUUGUUUUAGAAAUAUUUUAUCGUGGCUAAAGUAGUUCAACCAAGCAACGGAUUAGGUAAACGCAGAAUAAUGUAA